AGAAUUAGAGAGGCAAAACACUGGCAAAUCCAAAGGCAAUGGCUUUGCAAGUGACUUUCAAGGAGGUUGAGGCUGCCAAGAAGGCUUGUGAGGAUUCAACAACUCUCAUUAUCAAUGGCCGUCGAGCGAAUUACAAUCUUGCUUUCCUAGGUGCUCAUCGCCCAAGGUCUUCUUCCAAUGUUUCACCACCUCCACCGCAACCACAAGGGGGAUCCAAUGGUGGAAUAGUGAAGAAUGUUAACAAUGCAUCAGGUCCACCACCAGCCAUUAAUCAUGUGCAGCCAUAUCAUUAUCCAGUGAGGACAACUGCUCUGCCAUUCCAUAAUCACACUCUUCCUUUCUAUGGGUAUGCGCCUACCUACAUUGUGACUGACGUAAACUACAAUUACAAUCAGGUGAGGUAGUUUUAAUUUGGCUGAAUUGGUCUAUUAGUUCAUCAUUUCUUUGAUUCAA